UUUUCAUUUCGUUCCCUUUACUUUACUUGGACCAGCUGAGGUUGUCACCAUCCUGUACCUCUCCUGUAGCUGUGCGUGUCCUGUGCAUGCCAUUGUUUGUGACGGAGAUCGAGUAGUACUGGUGGUUUUUAGUUCUUCUUCAAGGCGAGCAUUUUUUUUGUGAAUCCGGCCAGCACGUCUGUCUAUUUGCGACUUCGACGAAUUUGAAAAUAUUGAUUUUGUCCUGUGUGGCGUAGUGCCAGUGGUGAGAAUAUUAUACCGGCGUCAGCGAUGGAUCCCGAGGGAGAUGAGUCCUCGUCGAUCCCCAGUGCUACUGCUUCGCCAUCGAAUGGGCCCAGUAAUACAAACACUGGACCUUGCCUGACAUGGUUAGAUGCUGCUGAGGUGGUGCUGCGGGAUGUCUCCAGCAAGGGCCUUCACAUCACAGAGUUGACAAGUCUGAUUUUGGACCGGCGUUUGACCCAGUCGAGCUCCAAGACUAGCCUGGAAACCCUGCUGUACCGUGAAACCCUCGCUGGGAGUCGUCGUUUCAAGCGCCUUCCCGGAAAGUUAGGCUGGUUUGGCCUACUGACUGAAGAAGAGCGGCAGGAAGCCAUAUUGAAAGAGGGGGAAGAGAAGCCAGGGACGGUGGCACGCAAGCGCAAACACACUCAAGAGGAGAGCGAUGAAGAAGAGGAAGAUUCUGAAACGGUGGAGAUGGAGCGGCAGAAGUACCGCUUGCUCCGUCGUGCUGUCAAGGAGUUUGUCUUUGAGAACAAAGCCUUGUCAGGUCAACAUCAAAUCUUGGAAGAGAAACUGGGACGUGCGAAAGCUGAAAGAAGGUACUUACUGCGGCGGCUACUCAGCUAUGAGAGCGGUGAUGUCAAGGCACCCAUCAUUCUGAAGGGCAAGCGGUCAGUCGACCGGCACACGCAGCGGGCACAGAACGAAGCCAAUGCGGCUCCACCCCCGCCACCUCCGCCACCACCGCCUCCGCCAAGCAACACGCCGGCACUCAUGCCCAAGCUCGACUACGCAGCGGUGCUUGCUGGCACGGCACCGACCUCUUCCCCUCGUCGCUCACUUCCGACCUCCAUGGUGCAGAAUCACACGGCGCCACUGGCUAUGCCGUCACCACCCCACUUAGGUGGUCAUGAGCGAUUGCCUUCGAAGCCAAAGCUUGCAUCAGCAUCACGGCCUUUGUCGGCUGGCUCGCCACUGACCAAGCCAGCAUCUGCAGCGAAGGAGCCCAGAUCUAGAAAAGAUGAAACACCUGUGCCAGAGAAAUUGCCGCCAGUGAAGAAAAUGACCGCAGCAGCGCAGGCUCGUGCAGCUAAGGCAGCCGCCGCAGCAAGUGCAAAGAAGGCCCCUCCGCCACCAGUACAGGCUCCAGCUGAAACCACAGGCGUUGGGAAGUCCAAGCGAAAGAAGCCUGGAAUGGUCCGGAAGCGCAUUCAACCUAUUCCGGUUCAUCCGAAUGGCCUCCCCAUCUUUCCUAUCUCCCUUGGUGGUCUCACUGUACGCAAUUUGGGCAAGGUUGUGCACAAUAGGCCGAGUUUCUAUUCAGAGCGUUACAUCUGGCCAGUUGGCUUCACCAGCACUCGCUUCUAUCCCAGUAUGAAGAAUCCCGAGACUCGUGCUCUGUACACGUGCAGUAUCCGUGACAAUGGUGAUGCUCCCGUGUUUGAGAUGGUUGGUGAUGAUGAUCCAAAGAACGUAAUAUCUGCUCCGUCAGCUACAGCCUGCCUGUGUUUGGUGCUGACCGCGGUCAACAAAGCAAGGUCCAAGGAAGCAACAAACACUGGAUCCGGACCGGAGUUUUUCGGCUUUUCACACCCCACCAUCAUGAACCUUAUCCAGCAUUUACCCGGUGCAGAGAAGUGCCGCAAGUACCAGUGGGCAGAGUUUGAUCCGCCACGCAAGGUCAAGGAGAACGCCAAGCAUUCGUUUGGUGAUGGUGUGCCGUCCGACCUGCGCAUGCACCCGAUACCAUCGAGCGGCGGUGCCAUCGCUGCCAGUGCUGUUCCCUACCCCAGAGGUUCUGGCAAGGCAGCAGCAGCAGCUGCGGCUCGUGCCAACCCUGGAAAUGCGCUUCAGUACCCGAGGGGUGCAAGUAAGGCUGCCGGUAAGACCUAUCAAGCUCGUGCAGCGCCUGCGCCUGUGUAUGCCAAGCCUGCGCCUACAGCUGGUAUGCCGGUCUCAGCCGCAUCAGGUGACGACUCUGGCAGUGGCAGCGAGAGCGGGUCCUCCUACUACUCCGACUCCAGCGGUAGCGAAAGCGGCUCCGACUCGGAGAGCGAAGCUGCACCUGCUAUCGUGUCACAACAACAGCACGCAGCAGCAGCCGGGGCUGCAGGCUAUCACCAGCAGCCACAAGUGUGGCAUGGCAAUCGCCCAGUUCCUGCUGCCCAUUCGUACCAGUCCGGCCAAGCUGCUUCAAGGCCGUCACACGCCCAAUUCCUGCCGCAGCGUGGUCCUUCUAACAGUGGCUACAUGCCGCAGAUGGCCGUCAUGGCCAACCAGCAGCCCCAGUACGAAUCCUCCGAGUCAUCUUCAUCUUCGGGAAGCGGCUCCUCUGAGAAUGAGUCGAGCAGUUCCGAGGGCGAGGAGUAGCCUGUAUGGAGUCGGUACGUACACGUAGAUCGCUAGGUUGUAGUAUGUAUAUUUUGUUGACAACAUGAUGUGUCCCCUUUUUCCUCGGGCGCCUUUUAUCGCGCUGCCGUAGUUGAUUUUUAACUGCUUUCUUCUGUUCUCUUGCUGCCUCUGUUGACCUGAUUUUGGCGUUACCCGUGCAGUGCCUUCUUCUUGCUUGUAUAGCUGUAUUUUAUCUAGACCUCAGUUCACACUGACUUCAUAUCAUCGCAUCCAAUCGCUGUUCCUUGUUUAGUGCUUGCAAAGCUGUUAGGUCUGAGUUCAAAUUCUCCAAAAUAUUUUCUUGUACGUGGACGUGUCUCUCGCUUAUCAAUCCGAAGUAUGAAACCUUAUGCCUCAAAGUCAGACCUGUUGUUGCAUACACUAUUUUUUCGUGCAAUUAAUGUGUCGUUCCUUCGUUCGCCUUGUCGCUUUACAAGCACAUCCUGGCUUCCAACUGUCCUGCUUCUGCCAUAGUUCUGCUUUUGUUUUCACACCUUCACAACUGUUUUUGGUUUGCUUGUGAAAUUUUAUCAUCAAUACUUCGAAAUUAUCCAGUGCUCUGAAAUCUGAAGUGCAUUAUUGCAUAGGAACAUGAGAAAUACAGAGACCCAAUUGCCUUCGUGUA